GCUUCAUUCUAUUACGCCCCUUCGUGAAAAAGAACAGAAAAUGUGGGAUAAAAGUUGGAUUUCAUAAUCGAUCUAAACCUUGCUUCUAACCGUGCCAACAAUGUUGCAUCGUUUUAAUCAAAAGAAUGCUUUGCUGGUCAUUGUAUUUCUUUGCACUUCGUUUGUUUCGAUGAUGGUAAUGUUGAUCACAUAUCCCAAAACCGUCUGGAUCGACACUCCCAAAGCUGGAAAAGUCGCGCUCUUGCAUCUUCAUAACUCCUUUGAUGGUUUGCAAACUUUUGCUCAUAGUCGUGUGGCAAGUAUGGCAGCAAAGUUACAUGUAAGCCAGAAUCUCUACCAGGCACAACAACAAAUGUCAUCAAACAUGAACGAUACACAUAUUAUUGAUCCAGGUCAUAACAUAGUACAAGUACACUUUGCUGAUGCCAAAUAAACAGCAACUCAUGAAGUCGACUACAUUCAUAUGUCUCAAGCAAAUCUGGCUGUACGAAAAAACGCAAGUUUCCUCAUUCUUUUGAGUGUUUUUGUUUCUGUAAUCUGUAUACUUUCUCCAAUUACUCAAUGACAAGUAUUUUGAAGAGGGAGAAAGCGGUGCUGAGUUGUGGGGCGUCUUGAUUAGUACCUACCGAGCACGCACAGAACGGGGAUA